UGAAAAUGUGAGUUCCGAAGAGAAGCACUUGGAGACGACGUUUUCGGUUAGGACGAGAAACAGUGAAUAUUUUUGGAAAAUACAUGUGCCCGGGUUGAAAAAGUUUACAGACUUCUUAUGCGUUUCUACUUUAGCUAACCAAAAUGACAAGUGCUGCGAAAUUAAGACGGGAUGAAAUAAGGAAAGACAACAUCCCAGAAAUUAUUCUUGAUCCAACUUCUGGCAAACGUUAUUUGAAAGGACGAUUUUUGGGGAAGGGUGGCUUUGCAAAAUGUUUCGAAUUAACAGAUGUGGAGACCAAAGAAAUUUUUGCUGGCAAGAUCGUGUCCAAGACACUGCUGGUCAAACAACACCAAAAGGACAAGAUGACCCAGGAGAUUAGUAUUCACCGCAGUAUAAACUAUAAAUACAUAGUCAAGUUCCAUUCCUUCUUUGAAGAUUCUGACAAUGUCUACAUUUUACUGGAGCUGUGCAGGAGAAGAUCACUCAUGGAACUUCACAAGAGAAGAAAGGCCAUCACAGAGCCAGAGACUCGUUACCUUGUACGACAGGUUAUUCUCGCAUGUCAGUAUCUCCACAGCAAUAAAAUUAUCCACAGGGAUCUGAAACUGGGAAACCUAUUUAUCAAUGAUGAUAUGGAAAUGAAAAUUGGCGACUUUGGACUCGCAACUCGCGUGGAUUAUGAUGGAGAACGGAAAAGAACGUUAUGCGGAACACCAAAUUAUAUAGCCCCUGAGGUACUCAACAAAAAAGGACACAGUUUUGAAGUGGAUGUUUGGUCACUCGGUUGUAUUGUGUAUACCCUGCUUGUUGGGAAGCCUCCAUUUGAGACGACCUGUCUGAAGGAUACCUACAUGAGGAUUAAAAAGAAUGAGUACCACAUCCCAUCCAGAGUUAGUCAGCCCGCCAAAAACCUCAUCAUCAAACUACUAAAGGCUGAUCCCACAGACAGACCCAACAUGGAGAAAAUGCUUGAUGAUGAAUUUUUCACUUGUGGUUACCUGCCAAGCCGCUUGCCAACAAGCUGUCUGACGAUGGCGCCACGCUUCGACACGCUUGCCAAAUCUGAAUCCCUGUCCCGACGGCCAUUACACGAAAUCAACAGAGCAGGUAAAGAUCCCAACACAAGACCAACCACAGCCUUACCUGAAAUGAUGAAGAAAGAUGAAAAACGUCCUGAGGUGUCCGAGGAUGAUGAUGUAGGCGGACGAAACAGGAAAGGAAGUGAUCAGGAACCAACAGAUUUCUACCUGUCCGACUUGUUUGCCCAGUUGGGAGCUGUAGUGGCCGCUCGGCCCUCAGAGAGAGCCCUCGUACAGGAAGAGGAUGCUCUAGACCCUGCGUGUAUCCCCAUCUACUGGGUUAGUAAGUGGGUUGACUACUCUGACAAGUACGGCCUCGGUUACCAGAUGUGUGACAACAGUGUGGGGGUUCUCUUCAACGACUCAACACGGCUCAUUCUGCUGGCCAACGGAGAGAACGUACAGUAUAUCGAGCGUGACAGUACGGAACACUACCACACCAUCAAGGUGUUCCCCGAGACACUCAACAAGAAAGUCACACUGCUCAAGUAUUUCAGGAACUACAUGAACGAACAUUUAUUAAAGGCUGGUGCCAACAUGACGCCACGCGAAGGGGAUGACAUGACUCGACUACCUUUCCUCAGGACCUGGUUCAGAACACGAAGUGCUAUCGUCCUUCACCUCAGCAACGGCACACUACAGAUCAACUUCUUCCAGGACCACACCAAGAUAAUUCUGUGUCCGUUGAUGCAGGCUGUGACAUACAUCGAUGAAAAGAGAGACUUCCAUAUAUUCAGACUAUCAUUGAUAGAGAAAUACGGGUGUUCAAAGGAACUAGCAAGUAGAAUUCGCUACGCCAAGACCAUGGUCGAACGUCUCAUGACAACAAAGUCUGGAUCAGGACGUGUUCGAUCUGCAGCGCCACCAUCAACUACAACCACGUAGGUUGGAACCUCUCAUCAGUGAUGUGUAACUAGAUACAUGUCCAUGUUGUGUAACCACGGACAUGUCCAUGUUGUGUGACUAUGGACACGUCCAUGUUGUGUAACCAUGGACAUGUCCAUAUUGUGUAACCACGGACAUGUCCAUGUUGUGUAACCACGGACAUGUCCAUGUUGUGUGACUAUGGACACGUCCAUAUUGUGUAACCAUGGACAUGUCCAUGUUGUGUAACCACGGACAUGUCCAUGUUGUGUAACCACGGACAUGUCCAUGUUGUGUAACCACGGACAUGUCCAUGUUGUGUAACCACGGACAUGUCCAUAUUGUGUGACUAUGGACACGUCCAUGUUGUGAAACCACGGACAUGUCCAUGUUAUGUGAAUACGGACACGUCUGCGUUGUGUGACUAGACUGCCAUGUCACACCCGUGUCAUGAUCUAAAGAUCUCUGAUACAAUUGACAAACGGUUGCCAUGUAUUCACUUGGACUCGAGGAGAAUGCCCCAAGAGCUUAGAAUAUAAGGGCAGUAAUAUGAUAAGAAAGACAACCAUAUAUACACAAGGCCUCUACUCUUUACCCAGGGACCAUGUUAUAACUUAUACAAACAUACAGGAAUCGUUAAUGCAUUUAAACUAUGUACAUUAUUUGUAUAUAUUUAUACCGUUGUCAUGUACGACGCAUCACAAGUUUGCCUUUACCGAUUCUUCAUCUAUCUCUAUUUCUCGAUCUUUCCUUCGUUUUGAUGUCUGCUUGUAUCCUACUCAGAAGUUUUGCUCCUGUCCGAGUUUUGAUUGGAAAGCAGAGCAGUUAGGAAAUUAAGUGUUCAGAAACUAUGAUGGGGGACGGAUCUUUUUCAAAGUUAACAGUCAGCAUAGCUUGGCCCUUUCACUUGAUUAAAACUGGCUGGACCACAGUCUUAAGACCUUGUGACCUGAACUCUUUAUAAUGCUUGUUAGUAAAGGGUUAUGAUCAAGGUCGGAUUUUAGAUCUCAAUUUUACAGAUCUGCUUCAGAUUUUUUCUUCUUUAUUUUUCUUUUCCUUUUUUUUCAUCAUGUUUUUUGUACUUGAUUUUUAUGGUUAGAACAAGUUUGUUAAUAUGUUUCUCUUCUCUCUAACUCUAAACUUAAAUUAUACUUGAUUUUUAUCCUCACUAGUGAUUUUCAUAUGAUUGUCUCAAAAUGUAACUUACAAGGUCUGGUUUUAAUGUAUUCCGACUGUUCACUUCACAGAACAUCGAAAAGAUGAUGAUUUGAUUCUUCACACAAAAUAGUGGCUAUUUCAGCAAAACAUUCUAUGCAUGAUGUAGCUUAAGAAAAAAAAACUUCGGUACUGUUUGAAUGUUAACAUAUCUGGCUACUCGUGAUUUAUAAUUCACUAAAUGGCCCCACAGAAACUGGAAUCUGGUGAGAUAGAUAAUUUACUGGAAAAGCCGAGAAUGGUUCUUGGUGUAUCAGUUAUUUUAGUCAUGGUGUAUUGGUAUCUAAUUAGAAAAUAGUGCUUUGUUCUUGUCAGUUCAGGAUAAUUCAGUAGUUUUGUUUAUACGGUAUUAUUAAACAUAAACAGAAUAUAUGUUUAUUCGAUGUAUCCAUUAAAAUCAGUUUAAAAUCAAUGCAAUAUACAGGUUUUAUUAAAUGAAAGACCAAAUUUCAUUCUAGAUAGAAUCCUUUUAAAAUGCUUGAAAUUUUGAUUUCGUCUAGUGGCUUUCUUUAUUCUGCUGGUAAUUAAAAGUAUCUGACAGUUUAUAUUUUGAAACGAAAUACGCAAUUAUAUUAUCUUUCUUGAAAUGUUGUACUGUAAAGUCUUGGAUCAGUUUUUAAUCAUGAAUUAAUCAAAUAUGAAGAUGAUUUCAGGUAAUUAAAGUUUGAGAUGAAAGGAGAUUGUUUUAAAGUAGUGCUGUUUCAGUUUGGAGUGCCAGGGAUUUUUUCCUGUUUUAAACAGGGGUCAAGUGUCUAUGAUGAAACGGGAGAGAGCUAUACACAUACUUUUUUCCCCCCUUUUUUUUGUUGUUGUUUAUGUUGACUGCUGCAUCUUCAGUCGUUUAGAAGAGGAUAGCUAAAGUUGUGUAGCCGUUAACACUGUACUAUAUGUGAUGUAGAUGUUGAUUACUUACCAGAUAGGUAGUGGAUUUUGUUUCGUAAUUUAUUAUUGUUUACCUAGUUUGAUCUGGUUUCUAGGAUUUUCAGGAUUCCCCGUUUGGAUUUUCUUUCUCUUUCUGUAUCACAAGUGUUCAUUUACUGAGGGUUGGAAUCAUGGUUUUAUGCAUGGUAGGAGAGAAAGAUCUACAGUAGACAAAAAUGUCUGUAUGUAUAUAUGCAAUUGGAUGUUAUAGUUUUGGAUGGCAAUGAUAUAUCGAUUGAAAAAAUAUUAUUUCACUGCAAUGAAGUGAGGAUUGUGAUAUGAAAGUUUAAAAGUAUAAAAGAUUGUUACUCAGUUGUGCUAGAUAUGAGUGACGACAGUAUCGAGUGUGUGUGUGUGUGUGCGCGCGCGCGUGUUUGAAAGUCUGAAUUAGUAAUCAAUUUAUUAGGGAGUGCAUGUGAGAGUUGUGGUAUUUGAUGUUGAAAUGACAGAUUCUCGGAUCCAGGUAACUGGGCAAAUAAUUGUACCACAUCUCAGAUUGUUAUAAUGUGUUGUUGAAUCAUGAAUCCUCAUAGAAGCAUUUGCACAUUUGCAGUGCUGUGAUUUCAUUGGUUGAUAUUUGUAAUUAUGAAUUCAUACUACACUGAUGGCAUUUCUUCCAUAUUUAUGAUCAUUGUAGAAAAAAAAAUACAUUUUGUUACAUUUUUACUAACGAGAGACAAUGGAUUCUUCAACCUCUGACAUUUAUCUUUAUAUUGACCAAUCAGAACACUUCUUUGUAUACACUGCAUUCAAAACCGCAGGAUCUGUUUCAUCGCAGAAGGUAGAAUGUUCAAACAUCUAAACAAUAAAUUUUUACAAAAUGGACUUUUUACAAAUUUCAUCAGAUAGAAGAAUUCUGAAUAGUAGUUCUUUCAGAAUAGUACUUUUGAUGUCAAGCAGGAAUUAACGUAGAUAUGGCACAAAGAAUUGAACUAUUAGUUCAACUCUUUUUCAUUGUUUUAGUUUUAAAUAUAAUAGAAUGCUUUGUUUAAUACUGUGUAUAACACUUAUACAAUCAAAUACACUUCUGUCAUAGACUUGUUUAGACUUCACCAGAAAAUCAUUGAAUCUCGUCUCCUGUAUCAUACAUCUGUAUCACUGUGAUUCUAUGUUAAAAUGUCAAUGAUAUCAAUAAAGUGCAAAAUAAUCGAUGA